UUAGAGGUAGUUAGAGGUAGUAAGACUUUUCUUUUUGCCUUGCCCCUUUUUUUUUAUGAAACCAGGACAACAACAGAACCAACAAUAGAGCAGCCUACAUCAGCAGAGGUCACAACAACAGAACCCAAACUUGCCAUUUUGAAGUUUAGUUGUUAUGUUUGUCGAAAAACAUUGACCCGGAGACAGCAUUUACGAUCGCACCUGUUAUCGCACCAAAUCAGUUUGAAGGCACCACCGCAAGGAAGAAUGCGCUUUGACGAUGACCAGUAUACUUUUGUGACACAAAUGAACAACACUUCACACCAUUCAAUCCUGGCACGUUAUGCCUGUCCGUCUUGCCCUGGACACUUUUCAAGCCUGACUGAAUUGAAGAUCCACAUUGAAAAUGCAGAACACUCACAGCCGUCCCAACCAAACAGUAGUGCCGACACCCAAGAAAACGAACAAGCACGACCAGAGAAACGACAGCGUGCUUCAACAUCAGCAAGUGUACAGAUAGCAACAAGCAACAAAGGGAUUAUCACGUUUUCAGCAACAUCGUACUCGUAUGAAGCAAACUUGCCAAAGUUUCCACAACAAGUCCUUGAUAUGCUUGAGCCCAUCGUAUCCAUCAAUACAUCCGUUACUCAACAAUCGACUUUGGAGGUGCUCAAAACACUACCACCCGUGCACAAACUCCUCCUCGAUGCCCUCGAUCAGAACUUGGAAGGUCUACCCCGGUGGCUCUGGAUGCAGUCUAGAGAUGAGAGAAUGACAACGCAAGAGACUAAGCUUUGGAAUACGGCUAGGUUUGUCUUGACAAACUUUGCAAGCGACUGCACACCGACUAUCGCAACACCAUCUUCGAAGGAUUACGAACGCUCAUGGUGGGUACGGCGCGUGGUACCAAUUUUUCAAGCAUUCGGGAACCAAACCAAUCUUUUAGCAUUUGACUGGUGCGAAUGCGAAACCCGACACUCUGCACUAUCAGAAAUGGAUCCAGCACUUUGGCAGAAAGGCCGACCCCGUUACGCUGACGGAUUGGGUUACGACUGGAGUGGCGAAGAGCGACUGAUUAUGGAAGCAUCGAGUGGACAACACAAGGAACGCAUACCAAAGACGAUGGAUGACAGUGUGAAACAGAUCAGUAGCAUGAUGGCAAUGCUCCGAGGAAUUGCCAACGCUUACCCCAAUGCCAGCUUCAACACCUUGCAGCAGACAAAAAUCUUCGCCAUUCAGUCAAUUCGAACAUGCCUCGUCCUGUCAGAAAUUCAAUUUGACAAUCGCAAAAAAUUCGCGUACAGACAAGUUCAAACCGCCCACAUAGAGAAUUAAUCCUUAUCCUAGGAAUUAAUAACAAAAUUAUGAAACCUGCAACAUUUAAUGAUUUAAAC